UGUUUUCGGCAUGCCUUGAGCAGCUGCGAGUUCGCCUGCCAAUGGCAUGGCGCGAAAAAGGAGAUGCUGGUCGCCCCCGUGGAUCCUGCUGGGCGCCUCUCUUUGCUCUGUGGUGCUGUGGCUCUUGCUGCACCGGGAGCUGCUGGGGGCGAGCGACUCCAUCUUUGAGGUGAAGGAACCUGCCCCUCCUCCACUCGAGCUGCGGGCUACGUCGCUGAGCGCAACCUCAGCUCCCAGGGGCUCUCCUUCACUCGCGCCAAAAUCACGUCCAACGACGCCGCCAAAAUCACGUCCGACGACGCCUUCGCCGGCAACCGCCGUCAGGGAGGUGUCAGCUCCCCACGUCAGCGGCGCCAGCGGCACAGCCACGGACUCCGCCGCUCCGAACUCGGCGAAGUCUGCGAAGUCGUUGACGGUGGCGCUGGCGGCAGAGCUGAAGCAGCUGGAGGGCGUGUUGGUGGUCAUCAACUCGGCCAUGUCCAACGCCGCAGACCCCUCCAGCCUGAAGUUCCGCAUCAUCAGCUCGGGGGAGGACGCGGAGCCGUUGGUGGCCAAGGUGAAGAGCAGGCUGCCAGCUUGGCCCAUGCUGGACAUUGGGGCGGUAGACUUCGAUCCCUGGAACCCGCGCGUGGGCAAGCUGCUGGGAGGAAAGAGCUCCUCCCGCAAGGAGCUCUUCGAUGCCCUGAACUUUGCAGCCUUUUACUUGCACGAGGCGCUUCCAGACUUGGCGAAUGGUCGUGUGCUGUAUCUGGACACUGACGUGGUGGUGGUGUCUGACCUUGCCCCUCUGGCGUCCCUGGAUCUGCAAGGCCACGCUGCCGGUGCGGCGGAGGAUUGCUCUCAGCGCGUGGGGAAAUACAUCGACGUGGACCGGCUCAAGGCGCUCCAAAGCGAGCUGCCGGCGCACCAGGUCUCGAAAAAGAGCUGCGUGGUGAACCGGGGGGUGGUGCUGGUGGACUGCGCCGCCUGGAAGAAGCACCAAGUCACCGAAAGCAUCGAGCAGCUGGUGAAGCUGCACCUCACCAAGGGCAAAGGCCCCUUGUGGCGUGCGGGCGUCUCUCAGCCGCCCUUUCUCAUCGCUCUGGCUGGGAAGUACCUGGACCUCGGCGCGGAAUACAACGUCCGUGGCCUUGGCAGGGGCGACAUCGCACCGGAGGAGGUCGACUUCUACAAGAAGCGCAAGAGGUGGGACCCAUACUACGACAAGUUCCUGCGCAAGUGCAAGUUCCACUGCUGCCCAGGCUGCAAGGGCUGGGCGCUGUCUCCCUACGUCUCCGCGCUGGCGCAGCAGGCAAAGAUCCUGCACUUCAAUGGCCGGCUGAAACCCAGCCACGCCGCCAAGCGUGGGACAGAGCCUGUGCUGCCGCCCACCUCGGAGGAGGAUCGCUCUGUGCGUGAGCAGCGGCCUUUGUGUAGCUGCGGGCAUCAGUGCCUCCAGGAAUGCGCAGGAAUCUGGUGGAAAUACUUGCCGCCUGAGUGACAAAAUACAGGAC